CUUCGUCACUCUUUGGGAAGAAAUAUUUCCUGGGUACACACUCUUUUUUGUUGUUGCUUGAUAUUAUAUAGAAAAAUUUGCUUCUUAAUACCAACUUUCGACACUCGUUCAGUCGCAAUCCUUUUUUUCCUUCCUUCGACCAUCGCCAAUUUUCCUCAACAUAUCCCCUUUACCGUCACAAUGGUCUGCGUCAAGAAGAGCGCCUCAGCAGUUGCUGCUGUGGCCACUGCAGGAUCCUCCGUCUACCAGGCCUCCACCGGCGUCCCAACAGCCACAUCCUCCACCUCGGUGCCUACGACAGCCUCUCUCAUCGGCUCCAACUCGACAUCAGUCGCCAACACAACAUCUGCUGUGGCGACGACGGGGAGCGUGACCGCGGCGAACUCUGGUAUCAAGGGUUUCAACUACGCCGCCUUCUUCCUGGACUACACCGCAAAGCAGCAGUCUGAUUUCGAGUAUGAGUUCAAGCGUGCGCAGGAGCUUACCAACACGUCGGGCUGGACCAGUGCCCGUCUGUACACCAUGAUCCAGUACGACACCACCAGCGAUCCGAUCGAGGCCAUCCCGGCGGCGAUCGCCACAAACACCAGCCUGCUUCUGGGUCUGUGGGUUUCUGGCAGCGACUCGGCCAUCACCAACGAGAUUGCAGCUCUGCAGGCGGCCAUCACCACGUAUGGUACCGACUUCACCAACCUUGUCCAGGGUAUCUCUGUGGGAAGCGAGGACCUGUACCGUGACGCCGAGGGCGACGCCAGCGACCCUGGCAACACUGUCGACAACCUCAUCGACUACAUUUCCCAGGUGCGCACCGCCAUCUCCGGCACUGGCCUGGCCGACGUGCCCGUUGGCCAUGUGGAUACCUAUGACUCCUUCGAGAACGCCACCAACACCAAGAUCAUCGAGUACAUCGACUGGAUUGGCUUUGAUGGCUACCCUUACUGGGAGAGCUCCAACGGCAACGCCAUCGAGAAUGCCCACGACCUGUUCUACACCGGCCUGAACAAGACCACCAACAUCGCCCAGGGCAAGCCUGUCUGGGUCAGCGAGACCGGCUGGCCUGCGACCGGUGAGAACUACGGCGAGGCUGUGGCCAGCGCCGAGAACGCCCGGACCUACUGGAAGGAGAUUGCCUGCGAGCUUAUUGCUGCCAACAUCAACCUGUGGUGGUACGACCUGCAGGAGUCCCAGGAGGCCCAGGCGAACCCUGACUUCGGUAUCUUCCCUGCCGGCGACCUGAUGACUGUUGAGCAGAGAUACGAUCUCUCUUGCUAAAUGCCGAUGGAACCAGAACCAAUUUUUACUUCAUUGAGAAGAUGGAUUUCCGGACUGCUAGACUUGGGCCAUUUCUAGGUCUCAUUAAUGGAAGUUUAAAACUGCUCGCGAAGCAACC